CUCUGGAAUGUUCUCAAUGCAUGGCCGGAUACCAAGGUUGUAAUUUAAGUUGUAUAACAGAAGCUCUUCUGUGAUUUCAAAUAGAUUGAAAUGUGACAACAGUUCGACUUUGGGUGAGUAUUGCUUGAUACGUUUAAAAAAUUAACUCUCUAUAAGUCUUAAAAUUAAUUACAACGCGUUAGGAAUUUCCUUACAAUCAAUUUUAUUACUUCGGUCGUUCGGAGCAGAUGACACGUAUAAACAUUCCUGUUACAGCGUUGUCUUUUAAUUUAACAAAAUCUCAAUGUGCGUAUGGAUGAACUUGAUCCUCAUGCUUUAACCACUGUUUCAUUACACUUGAUUUUGACAUAACCAACUAUCGCAGUUUUAAUUUAAACAAUCGGUCAAGUGCCUUAUGUUCAUAAACUCAGUAUAGUUGAGAAUACAUUAUUAAGUAGUGUACCCACAUGGUAGUGAAUGCUGCCUUGGUAUAGCAUGCCUUGGUAUAGCAGUGUUCCUAAAUCUUUCAUAUUUUAAAGAACAAGGAUAAGAAAUAUUUUAAUGAAUUGGAAUCAUCCAUAAUUUGUACAUCAACAUUUUCAAAAACGUACCACAAUAACAGGCAUGCAGGUGACAUUUAACAUGUGCGACUGUGCGUCUCACUAAAUUUGUGUGUUUAAUAAUAAUUUUUAUCAAAGAAGGCAAAAAUAUAUACAAGACAACCUCACAUGUGAAAUCUGUUCACUUAUACGCACUGCAUGCCUUGUGAUGCAGCACAAGUAUAAAUUCAAAUGACAAAGAAUUUUUAUCCUAAAACAUAAUUAAUUAUGUUGAUCACACGGCACAGCAUGCAAGAUUUUUGCUGCCGAGCGCAGCGAGGCAGCACCACUGAGCUAUAAUAUUAUUGGAGGACGUGCUCGGCAUAAAAAAUGUCGCCAAAAACAUGGAGGAUUUCAGCCUUUGCUGACGCCAGAAUGACGCCAUCUGGUUUCUUUUGCUCAUGCAAUUACCACUGAACAAGGCUCAAUUUUGAGCCGGCUACUGCGCUACAAUUUCCACUCCUCCUGGUUUUUGAAAAAAUAUUUUGUUUUUGCAGUCGUAGAUUUGGAUUUUUGACAUAAUAUUUGGACUUCGACUAUUUUUUUCAAAGAUGUGCAGUUUGUACAAGUUAUCCUUGUUCGCUAAAGACAAUAAACAUAGAGAAAUAUCGGCAAAGACGAUAUUUGAAGUCUGUUGAGACGAGCUGACAGCCUGACGGGUAAAUAAUAUUUCACAGUUCAGUGAGUUCACAUUCUCGAGAACCUGAGUACUGUAAAUAUUAUUGGUGGGAUAUUAUUGUCUUAUUGGUGAGAUAUGAUUAUAUUUAAAUAUGAUGCUUAAUGCUUUAUUUUAGCCAGGGGUAUUUAAAGUUUUGGUUGUAGAAAAUACGUCGACUUUAUAAUAUAGUUUCAUUUAUUUUUAUUAAAUAUGGCUGAUAUGUUACAACCAUAUGGUUACAACCCAUUUUUACAAACUCGUACCCAGGGUAUUACCUUCGCUCACCCCCUGCUGCGGAAAUACCCUGGUGCCGGCUGGUCACGUGGCUCCCAGAUUUUGGGUGCUGAAAUAAAUUGCUAUUUAGGGAGGGGUGGUUAACAAUGAUUUGUUACGUAUUGAAAUUGUUACCUCCGCCAGGAGGUUAUGUAAUCAUCUGGGUUUGUAUGUACGUAUGUGUGUAUGUAUGUAUGUAUGUAUGUAUGUAUGUACUGUACAUGCUAAAUAAAUACCGGAAACAUCUGCAUAUUGGACAAAAAAAACCCAAUUAAUGGCACUUGUUUACCAAGUGGAAAAUACAGUAGAUUAUUAUUACUUGAAAAGAAUAUGAAAACUUGCAACAAACUAAUCAUAUCACGUUAAAAGACAUAUGUUUGUUCUUCCUAAUUGUGUUCUUCUAGACGUUUUGAACAUUGGUACCAACAAUCACAUGUGUAAAUAUGAAAAUCCGAAGUACACUUUACAGUAUAUAGUAAUUAUUGCAUUAUUAAACAAAAUAAAUUAAUACAUACAGUGUAUCUAUAAGGCAAUAUAAAUAAAUGAAGUUUUUUGGUAUAAUCAAUCCCCAGGACUUUGGGUCGUAAGGCAGCACAUCCUUUGCGAUAGUAACUUCUAGUUAUGUCGUAUUUCAGCCGCGUUUAUACUGCUUGGCGCAUUCGUUGCGUUAUACAUUUAUAUUCACAGAUUUAUUACCAAUAAAUCAACACUAUAUGAUAAUAUAGAACUCACAAAGUGCAGUCAGCUUUUUAUAAAUAAACCUUUUUAAAGCAUGUCAUUGUCAUUUGCAGACCAGAGGCAAAAAGCACAUCCACAUACCAAAUUUAAGCAAUCGUGAAAUCAUAUACAUGGAAAGAGGAAAGAAUAUGGAAAUAAUGUUGAAAGCACCGCGUAUUAUGGUGAAAGCACCGCGCGUAUAAUGCUCGAACCACCGCGUAUAAUGGUUGAUAAUAGAGACCUUACGAUUUUAGAACGGCAACGCGACGGCAACGGCUACCAAUACAAUAGAUCAUUGAAAAGAAUUGAGUAAUUACAAAAUAUGAAUAAUUUAGACAUUGUCCUCGCUCUGUUUACAACGCCAAAUCACAGAUUUUAACGUCUUGAUACGAUGGCUGCAUUCCAAGCCACUGACAAGUGCAACUUCGAACUGGGUAUAGCAGAACUCUUCCCAACCAUAAAACCCAUGUGUUCAACUUGUAAAACUGUAUUAGAUUCAUAGGAUUGAUAAUAUACGACGGAUUGAUAAUGGGCUCCUUGUGUAAUUAACAAUUAAUUCAACAAAUUGUACCUCAAGCUUAUUUAGGCUAAUAAUAUGUCUGUGAACUAUUUAUAAAAUUCCGGACUCCCUCUGUUCCGAGUGGGAUAUCUCGCGGGAGUCGUUCCAUGUUUUAGGCUGAUCAUGAACAUCAUCAAAAUCAUGGAUGCUUUGAUCUUGCGGUUCCUCAUUUGGCUUCGGAAUUCAUUUAAAUGUUGAAACGUUUCUUGUAAUCUUGCAGUUAAUGUUAUCUUCACUAGCUACAUUGUCUACGCCACAAUACUACACUACCUUUGUAGUAGGACUUAUAGGCUAAGUAAUUAAACGCUUCGCUUGUCAUUUGCUGACCCUGGCCCAUUGUUUCGGCUACUAUUUUUAUCAGGUUCCGCACGUUCCAAGAAAUUCCCAAAAUCUAUUAAACGUUUUAUUUCAUUUAUUUGACAGUAGUAAUAGGGCCAUUUAUACUGAGCGAAAAUAAGCCGCGGCCUAAAUAAGCCGCGGCUUAAAUAAGUCGCGAACUACUCGUAUAAACAGUCAAUUUGUUUUUUGUUUUUUUUUUUGUUUUGUUUUUUUAUAAACGGCUAAAAUAAGCCCAGGCAUGAAAGCCAGGUAGAAGGCCCUGGCUUGCGAGGUUGGCAUGAAAGCUAGGACUAAAUAAGCCGCGACUUAUUUCAAAUUGACUGUUUAUACGAGUUGUUCGCGACUUUUUUAAGCCGUGGCUUCUUUUCGCUCGUAUAUGCGUACGGGAACGAAAUAUUAGAAGUGUUGAAAGAAAUUUGCCCCACUUUUUUUCAUUUUGCCCGAUAUAAAAGGUUUUCAGUGAAAAAAGCCCAUGCAUAUUGCCGACCUGUAGGGGGAGAGGGGGGGGGGGGAGUUGGGAAUCAUCUAACGGUGAUUUAAAGAUUGCUGUAUUAUAUUUAUCGUCGCACUUCCUAUAGAUUUUUAGAACAUUAAUGUCGCAAACUACAGUCUACAGAGUUGCCCGCUAUCACUGAAUAUACAGAAGCCCGACUUCUUGGUUUUUCCUAUUAUUUUCCAAUGAUUUUGGCGUAACCGUAAUUCGUCAUCAAAAUGCUGACGCCAUGGGCCUAGCAGUGCGCGUUUUACCCCCUGAAAAUAUUCAAAACGGUGGAUGUCCACGGGUGUAAUGCCCCUCAUAAGCGCACUGGCUAGGCCCAUGGCGUCAGCAUUUUGAUGAUGAAUCAUGGCGUAGUAGCGGUUACGCGAGUCGACCAUCUGUAUAUCUUUAUUCUGUGCCGCUAUCACACAGCAUUGUAUCAUAUUUUAUUCAAUAUUUUUUAGAAACGAGCUGACCCAAAUAACUCAAUUCUCCUCAAGUAUGCGUCGGCAUUGCACUAAAUUAGCAUUGUUUUCGAUCUUAUUGGUGACUUUUGUGUUCGUGUGUUGGAACAUAUUUCUGAGCUAUGAUACCACAAUUCUGCCAGUUCUUCAAGAGAACGUUAACGCUCAUGGAAAUGUUUUGUUGAACAAUUUCGCUGCUCGUCAUGAUGACACCAUCACUUCUUCAAUACAGAGAGCACAACAAAACCCUAUAUCUAUUUCGCUUUUCAUAAGGAUGUCAACGAAACGAGAACACCUCAAGGUUCGAUUUUAUUGUAACAUGUUGAAGACAGUGGUUCUCUUUUGGCCUCCGUCGCUAGGUAAAAUGGUAAUUGUGCUUGACCAGGAGUCAGAGGGGGAUCAUAGAUUUGGAGCACAACUCAGCAAUCAGACCCGUGAACACUUUUCCAGCUAUAUUUUUGAUGUGCGAUAUGAGCCAUUACCGAGAGAUGGAACUAUUUUAGAUUUCCCUGGUCAACGAAAAGUUCCUGGCUAUAACCGACAGUUAUGGAGCAGUUUUUUUAUUGAUCUUUACACAAAUGAUGACAUCAUAGCAUGGCUAGAUACCGACUCGCCUUUCCUGUUGCCAGUUACAAUGCCAACCAUCAUGACCAACGGAAAAGUUAGAAUACUGGGCUCUACUUGCACAAAGGACCUCGUGUGGGUGAAGUCUUGGGCAGCAAUCACCGAAAAAGCUAUAGGAUUUCCGAUGGUGGCCGAUUUUAUGACAUAUUUUCCGGUGUACAUCUACCGUGACACUUUCACUCGUUGCAGGGAGCACAUACUCAAGAGAUUCAACACUGACAACUUUGAAGAAGCGUUCAAGAAAUUCUACCAUACAGGAACUGGUUACAUUUCCCCUGUCUGCGUUAUCAUAAGCUACGCCUGGUAUUUCGAGAAGGAUCGAUACAAUUGGAACAUACAGAUUUGCGGCGAUUUGAAUACGUACAAUAAUCGAUUGCCUUCAGGUCAUAAAAUUCAGCCUGAACAUGUAAAAGAUGUACUAACACAGCCACAAACAGCUUAUCACGGACCUUUAAACGCUGGCGACUUUUACGCAAAAGCCAUACCGAUUACUUUCUGUUUGUCGCAGGCAGCCGCUGGAAGGAAAUCAGCAAUGUGCGAGAAACAUCCAUCGUCUGAGAUUAACUAUUUAUUAAACCUUUUUAAGGCCGACAUGCAUAGCAUUAGGAAAAAUAAUCCGCAUCCUUGUACUGGAAAUUUCACCAAAAGCUGUUUGGAUAUUUUAGAACGUCACAUUGAAAAAAUCGGCGGAGAAAUUAAAACAAAUUCACGAAGACUUGAGUGGGAGGAUUUCGAGAAAGUCGACACGCUUGCCCGUGUGGCUGGUGUGACCUGCCCUGCGCAUCCUGUCUAAAAAAAAACAACACAUGAACAUGAACUGCAUGAUGAACAUGUUCGUGAUAUUUUAAACCUUGUGCUUUAUAACAACUUUAUGUAAAUUUUGAAUUUUCAAUACUGUAUUUAUCUAGUACUGUCACAAAACCUUUGGACAAUUUUCUACCAUGUUCAUUACUUUUAUUGUCAAACUGGCUUCGUUCAUUCUAUGAGUUUAACGUUAAAUGAUUUAAUUUCCUUACCUUUAUGUACGUCCUGAUAAAUGUGAUAUAUCCCACAAUUCCGUUUAAUCCUUCACUCCCGAUGCUACUUGCGGUUUUCAUUCCCGAUGCUAUUUGCGGCAAUUUUCCAAUACCCCUUUGCGGUCUUGACUGAGCAAACCGAGAUUUUCCCCCACUACUGAACAAUGCAACCUAUAUACGCGGGGACUUCUAUACGGGUGUAUCAAAAAAGCGCAAUCCUCGACUGAAAUGUAAAUUGCUAAACAAAUAAUAGACGAAAACGUCAAAGUUUACAUUCAUUUUAAAGCGUAGCCAUUCAGCUUUCUAACAGUGGGUUGUUUCUUAAAUUUGACUUAUUGGUUCGCGGGUGAUAAUACUUUACGUUAUUGCGAUUGGAGAUUAAAAAAAUUGAGAUGGAAUAACAAAUCGUUCUCAUGAAAAUAACUGAUUUUUUCAUUAAAACAAAAAA